AUGUCCGGAAACUCCAGUGUUGGCACUAGCGGCGUCUACGAGGCUGGCGACCAGCGCAAUGUCAAGAACUCCGAGCUUGACACCGGUGACCGCUUCCAUGAGGGCAAGGAGCACUCCCACCUUGCCAACGACUCCAAGGAUGAGAGAUCGAUCGCAAACAGACUCGCUGCCGAGGAGAAGAAGCACCGCCAGGGUGAGGAGGAGGACGAUGUUGAGACUCGUCAGUCCAAGAAGGACUCCACAUUGCCCGCGAAGAUGCACGGCAACGAACCCUCUAAGGGCGCCAAGAUUGAUCAGGAGCUCCAAGAGGAAGAUGAGCUCCGUCUGAAGCAGAAGACUGGCAAAUAA